AUGGUCAACUCCUGUUGUGGCUCCGUGUGCUCUGACCAGGGCUGCGGCCAAGACCUCUGCCAGGAGUCCUGCUGCAGCCCCAGCUGCUGUCAGACCACCUGCUGCAGGACCACGUGCUGUCGCCCCAGCUGCUGUGUGUCCAGCUGCUGCAGGCCCCAGUGCUGCCAGUCUGUGUGCUGCCAGCCCACCUGCUGCCGCCCCAGCUGCUGCAUCUCCAGCUGCUGCCGUCCCUCUUGCUGUGAAUCCAGCUGCUGCCGCCCCUGCUGCUGCCUGCGUCCAGUCUGUGGCCGAGUCUCCUGCCACACCACUUGCUAUCGCCCAACCUGUGUCAUCUCUACCUGCCCCCGCCCCUUGUGCUGCGCCUCCUCUUGCUGCUGA